GUGUUACCGUCAGGAGCAAUGACAUCAGGGCUUUAAAACAACUUGUUAUUCGGGGAGUAAUCAGUUGCAAUUAGGCAUUAAUUAAGUAUUAUGAAAGUUGAUUAUUUAAGUGAAUUCGGCUUUCGACUCUCCGACUAUGAGUUUGGGACCAAAGAGAGGAGAAUGGAUCUUGGUACAGCUGAAGGGACCCGGUGCACCGACCCACCUGCAGACAAGCCCGCAAUGGCGGCCAAGCGCAAAGGCGGCCUGAAGCUCAAUGCUAUCUGCGCCAAGCUGAGCCGCCAGGUGGUGGUGGAGAAGGGGGCAGAGGCAGGCCCCCAGGCCGAGGGCAGCCCACUGCGGCCGCGGGACCGAGAGGCCGGCAUGGCCCGGGGCACCCGCAGCGAGGAAGACAAGAGGCGGGCAGUGAUCGAGAAGUGGGUCAACGGCGAGUACAGUGAGGAGCCCGCGCCCACGCUGGGCCUGGGACGGAUGGGCCGCGAGGGCCUGGAGCUGCCCCCCGAGGGCGUCUACAUGGUGCAGCCCCAGGGCUGCAGCGACGAGGAGGACCACGGCGAAGAGCCCCCCAAGGAUGGCAGUGGCGUUGCGGACGAGAAGGAGUCUGAUGGGGCAGCCUCCAAGGACAACAGCAGCCCCGGUGCCAAGCAGGCUUCCGGAGAGGCCUCCUCACUCCGGGACUACGCGGCUUCUACCAUGACCGAGUUCCUCGGCAUGUUUGGCUACGAUGACCAGAACACGAGGGACGAGCUGGCCAGGAAGAUCAGCUUCGAGAAGCUGCACGCAGGCUCCAUCCCGGAGGUGGCCACCUCUUCCAUGCUGCCUGCCUCCGAGGAUGCCCUCAGCAAGCGGGCACGCUUCUCCAAAUACGAGGAGUAUAUCCGCAAGCUCAAGGCUGGCGAGCAGCUCUCCUGGCCAGCCCACAGCACCAAGGCCGAGGAGCGGGCGGGCAAGGAGGUGGCGGGGUCCCUGCCUGGCCUGCGGCUGCCCAGCAGCACAGCUCACCUGGAGACCAAGGCCACCAUCCUGCCCCUGCCCUCACACAGCAGCGUCCCCAUGCAGGGCCUGGUGGCCCGCGCCUCCAAGUACGACUUCUUCAUCCAGAAACUGAAGACAGGCGAGAACUUGCGGCCCCAGAACGGUAGCACCUACAAGAAGCCAUCCAAGUACGACCUGGAGAAUGUCAAAUACCUCCAUCUCUUCAAGCCCGGGGAGGGCAGCCCCGACAUGGGCGGGGCCAUUGCCUUCAAGACGGGCAAGGUGGGGCGCCCCUCCAAGUAUGACGUCCGUGCCAUCCAGAAGCCGGGCCCUGCCAAGGUCCCGCCCACCCCCAGCCUGGCUCCUGCGCCCCUUCCCAGCGUGCCCAGUGCUCCCAGCGCCCCUGGGCCAGGGCCUGAGCCACCUGCCUCCCUGCCCUUCAACACUCCCGAGUACCUGAAGUCGACCUUCUCCAAAACAGACUCCAUCACCACGGGGACCGUCUCCACUGUCAAGAACGGAUUGCCCACAGAUAAACCAGCUGUCACCGAAGAUGUAAACAUUUACCAGAAAUAUAUUGCCAGGUUCUCAGGCAGUCAGCACUGUGGCCACAUCCACUGCGCCUACCAGUACCGAGAGCACUACCAUUGCCUGGACCCCGAGUGCAACUACCAGAGGUUCACAAGCAAGCAGGACGUGAUCCGCCACUACAACAUGCACAAGAAGCGUGACAACUCCCUGCAGCACGGCUUCAUGCGCUUCAGCCCACUGGACGACUGCAGUGUCUACUACCACGGCUGCCACCUCAACGGGAAGAGCACCCACUACCACUGCAUGCAGGUGGGCUGUAACAAGGUGUAUACCAGCACGUCAGACGUGAUGACCCACGAGAACUUCCACAAGAAGAACACCCAGCUCAUCAACGAUGGCUUCCAGCGCUUCCGAGCCACCGAGGACUGCGGCACAGCCGACUGCCAGUUCUACGGGCAGAAGACCACCCAUUUCCACUGCAGGCGCCCCGGCUGCACGUUCACCUUCAAGAACAAGUGUGACAUCGAGAAGCACAAGAGCUACCACAUCAAGGACGACGCGUACGCCAAGGACGGCUUCAAGAAGUUCUACAAGUACGAGGAGUGCAGGUACGAGGGCUGCGUGUACAGCAAGGCCACCAACCACUUCCACUGCAUCCGCGCCGGCUGCGGCUUCACCUUCACCUCCACCAGCCAGAUGACCUCCCACAAGCGCAAGCACGAGCGCAGGCACGUCCGCUCCUCGGGCGUGCUGGGGCUGCCGGCCUCCCUGCUGGGCGCCAAGGACACAGAGCACGAGGAGUCAAGCAACGACGACCUGGUCGACUUCUCGGCCUUGAGCAGCAAGAACUCCAGCCUGAGCGCCUCCCCGACCAGCCAGCAGUCCUCCGCCUCCCUGGCCGCUGCCGCCGCCGCCACCGCCGAGGCCGUGCCCAGCGCCGCCAAGCCUCCCAACAGCAAGAUCUCGGGGCUCCUGUCCCAGGGCCUGCCCGCUUCCAUCCCGCUGGCGCUGGCCCUCUCCAACUCAGGCCUGCCCACCGCCGCCCCCUACUUCCCCAUCCUGUCGGCUCGGAGUGGCGCCUCCCUGCCCGUGGGCGCCCCUGGCCUGCUGGGUGCCAUGUCAUCGGGGGCAGCGGCCUCAGCAGCCGCUGACACGCCUGUUCUGGCUGCCUCGGGAGCCGGCGACUCUGCCCCGGCGGCUGCCUCCUCCGUCCCGGUGCCCCCCGCCUCCAUCAUGGAAAGGAUCUCGGCGAGCAAGGGCCUCAUUUCACCCAUGAUGGCCAGGCUGGCCGCCGCCGCCCUCAAGCCCUCUGCCACCUUUGACCCAGGAAGCGGGCAGCAGGCCGCCCCUGCCAGGUUCCCCACGGCCCCGGUGAAGCAGGAGCCCGGUGAGGACACUGGCACCCCGGUUCCCCACGAGGCCUCCCAGGACCGCAGUUUAGACCUGACUGUGAAGGAGCCCAGCAAUGAAUCAAAUGGCCACGCAGUCCCGGCAAAUUCAUCUCUUUUAUCCUCGCUUAUGAAUAAGAUGUCUCAGGGCAACCCCAACCUCGGCAGCCUGUUGAACAUCAAGACGGAAGUGGAGGGCAGCGCCGCCAUGGAGUCCUCGCCCUUCCUGGGCAAGGCUGUGAAGGCGCUGGUUCAGGAGAAACUGGCCGAGCCCUGGAAGGUGUACCUUCGAAGGUUUGGCACCAAGGACUUCUGUGAUGCCCAGUGUGACUUCCUUCACAAGGCCCACUUCCACUGUGUGGUGGAGGAGUGCGGUGCGCUUUUCAGCACCCUGGACGGGGCCAUCAAGCACGCCAACUUUCACUUCCGGACGGAGGGAGGAGCAGUGAAGGGAAACACAGAGGCCUCCUUCCCCGCCUCGGCUGCGGAGACCAAACCUGCCUUGGCCCCCUCGUCCCCUCCAGCACCUCCUGUCACCACAGCCACGGUUUCCUCUCUGGAAGGUCCCACUCCCAGCCCGGCCGCCGUGCCCUCCACCCCCACGCUGCUUGCCUGGAAGCAGCUCGCUUCCACCAUACCCCAGAUGCCUCAGAUUCCAGCGUCAGUGCCUCACCUGCCCACUUCACCCUUGGCAACGACUUCUCUAGAAAACGCCAAGCCCCAGGUCAAACCCGGAUUCCUGCAGUUCCAGGAGAACGAUCCUUGUCUCGCAACGGACUGCAAGUAUGCCAGCAAGUUCCACUUCCACUGUCUCUUUGGGAACUGCAAGUAUGUCUGCAAAACCUCGGGCAAGGCCGAGUCGCACUGCCUGGACCACAUCAACCCCAACAACAACCUGGUGAACGUGCGAGACCAGUUCGCAUACUACUCACUUCAGUGUCUCUGUCCCAACCAGCACUGUGAGUUCCGGAUGCGUGGACACUACCACUGCCUCCGGACUGGCUGCUACUUCGUGACCAAUAUCACCACCAAGUUGCCAUGGCACAUAAAGAAGCACGAGAAGGCCGAGCGGCGGGCAGCCAACGGGUUCAAGUACUUCACCAAGCGUGAGGAGUGUGGCAGGCUAGGCUGCAAGUACAACCAGGUGAACAGCCACUUCCACUGCAUCCGGGAGGGCUGCCAGUUCUCCUUCCUCCUCAAGCACCAGAUGACCUCCCAUGCCCGGAAGCACAUGCGGAGGAUGCUGGGGAAGAACUUCGAUCGCGUCCCCCCCUCCCAGGGCCCCCCGAGCCUGAUGGACACGGAGACAGACGAGUACAUGGAUUACACGGGCUGCAGCCCUGGCGCCGUGUCCUCCGAGUCGUCCACCAUGGACCGAAGCUGCUCCAGCACCCCUGUGGGCAACGAGAGCACGGCGGCAGGGAACACUAUCUCCCUGCCGACAGCCUCUGGGGCCAAGAAGCGCUUCUGGAUCAUUGAGGACAUGUCGCCCUUCGGCAAGCGGCGCAAGACGGCCUCCUCGCGGAAGAUGCUGGACGAGGGCAUGAUGCUGGAGGGCUUCCGGCGCUUCGACCUCUACGAGGACUGCAAGGACGCGGCGUGCCAGUUCUCGCUCAAGGUCACGCACUACCACUGCACGCGGGAGAACUGCGGCUACAAGUUCUGCGGGCGCACGCACAUGUACAAGCACGCGCAGCACCACGACCGCGUGGACAACCUGGUGCUGGACGACUUCAAGCGCUUCAAGGCCUCGCUGCGCUGCCACUUCGCCGACUGCCCCUUCUCGGGCAGCAGCACGCACUUCCACUGCCUGCGCUGCCGCUUCCGCUGCACCGACAGCACCAAGGUCACGGCGCACCGCAAGCACCACGGCAAGCAGGACGUGAUCAGCGCAGCGGGCUUUUGCCAGUUCAGCUCCAGCGCUGACUGCGCCGUGCCCGACUGCAAGUACAAGCUCAAGUGCUCGCACUUCCACUGCACCUACCCCGGCUGCCGCCACACGGUCGUGGGCAUGUCGCAGAUGGACUCGCACAAGCGCAAGCACGAGAAGCAGGAGCGCGGGGAGCCGCCCGCCGCCUCCCCAGGCCCCGCCAUCGGCCUGGACGGCGCGCUGUCGCUGGGCGCCGAGCCGGGGGCUGCCCCGCUCUUCCUGCCGCCCGCCGCCGCUGCCGGUGCCGCCGGUGGCCCGGGGGGGCUGGGGCUGGGCGACCCCGGCGACCCCGGCCCGCUCGACGGCCCCGGGCCCCGCGACAGCCCAGCCGCGCCCACGCCUGCGCCCACAGCCGGAGAGUCAUCGCAGGAGGACGAGGAAGAGGAGCUGGAGCUGCCCGAGGAGGAGGCGGACGACGACGACGACGAGGACGACGACGACGAGGACGAGGACGAGGACGACGACGAGGACGACGACGAGGACCUGCGCACCGACUCAGAGGACGAGUCGCUGCCCGAGGCGGCGGCGGCGGGGGGGGGGCCCGGGGCGCGGAGCCCGGAGCGGGCGGCCCCUGCACCCGCCGCGGCCUCGCCCUAGCCGGCCCGUCGGGGGGUGGGGGGGGCACGCGGGGACCGGGCCCGGGGCCGCCUCGCCCGCCCCUCCCCCCACCCUGGUGGCCGUCGCCAUUCCUUUCGUAAGAGAUGCUAUUUAUGUGCAACGCUGCCCUCGGUCCAGAGCGAGAAGGUCGCCCCUGCUGCGGGGCUCGGGGCGGCGGCCCCGCCGGUGCUUCCGGACCCCGAGUCCGUCUCAGGACAGAGGCGGGGGGGGCCCUCCCUCUGGUGCUCCCGGGCCGCCCCCACCCCGCCCGCGGCGCGCGGCCAGUGGCCGGAAGGACCGGCUGCGAGCGACCCUCCUCUGGCUGCACUUCGGGGAUCUUCUUCAGGGAAACAGAAGGUGCUCUUGUCCGGGGUGGGACCGAGGAGCAGGGCCCCCCCCACCCCCACCCCGAGGGCGAGGUGGGCGCAGAUAACCAGGCAGCCGCCCCGCGCGUGCCCUCCCCGCGGCCGGAGACCCCCGGGCCUCACGACCACGCCCGGUGGGAUUCCUCAUUGCUCAGGACCGGGAAGGGCGCUGGGAGUCACCGCGACCCCCUCCCCUCACCCCUCCCCGAGGCGGGCCGCAGUAGCAUCUGGCAGGGCCUCCCAUUCGUGCAGCUAAGACGCUCCCUCCCGGCCCUGGGGGGUGGAGGGGGGGGCGGGCAGGACAGAGGCAGCAGCGCCGGCGACACUGCAGGGACCGCGCAGGGAACCUCACGGAAUUAGCCGAGCCGGGGGCCGGGGCGCUGCGCCCCACUGCAGGGCCCGGCCCUGGUGUCUGCUCCCAAGGGCUGGGGGCCCGGAGGCGGCGCGCCUCGGCCUGUCGCUUGGGGACUCCCAGGCCCCAGCCUCUCCCCCCAGGGUCGGGGGGAGGCCGAGGCUGCGUCCGCUUCCAAACCCAAGAGCAGCCGGUGCUGGGGUGCUGGGCCCGUCAGGGGUCUCAGCCACCCACGUGGUGAGAACAGGAAGGAUACCACUGUCUGGGGCUUUAAUAUUCAAAAUGGGGGAAAAAAUGCGAGAAAGUUGUACAGUAUUUUUCCUGUAAAGGUUAUUAUUCUACAUAGAACAAAAAAAAAAAAAAAAAAAAAAAAGGCAGGCGGGCCGCGAGAGCACAGGCCCGCCUCGGACCAGCCCUGAGGUUGGAGACCGAGUGCAAUCGCUCACGUGGGAUUUCGUUUCGCAUUUAUUUUAGAGGCCUUACCAGUUUGAGGCUGUCUGUCUUCACACUAGCACUGACGGGAGCUGCGUGAUUCCAACUUUUAACUUGAAUUUUGUAGAAACAAGGAAAAAGGACUAUUACUGUUGAUACAAGUUUGUAGUUAACAUUUGAGUUUUUCUCUAUUGGUUAUGCGUGUGGCUUUAUAGGGCUUUUUUUUUUUCCAGUUUGUUUUUAUUUUAUUUUCUUGUUUGGGAUGCUUCUUUACUGGUGCAACCCAUCCAGAUUUGCUUCCCUUUGCAAAACGUGCCCCCUUCCCGGAGUGGAUGUGGUCACCAAGCCCAGCUUGCCGGGGGGCGGGGGGGGGGGGGGCGGCACAGGGACAAGGGCUUCCCGGUGUCUCCAGUCCUGGCCACCCGCCUGGCUCAGGUGGGACCCUGAGACUCAGCCACAGGGAGAGAGCCAAGCCCAGCCUGGAGGAGGCCUGUCACCCAGAGCCUCCCCACAGAUCUCCAAGGGGAGCCCCAGAUGGCAGGGGGCACUGGUUUCCUUUUUUUUUUUUUUGGUGUGUGUGUGUGUGUG